GCCGGCGCCGGCUCUUGCGGCCGAGCUGGGCUGCGGCGUGGGAAAGAGCCUGGAGGAGCAGACCGCGCCGGCGCCCGAGCUGCGCCUCCCCGGGCCGAGGGAGGGAGGGAGGGAGGGAGGAGGCAGACAGGGAGGUCGCUGCGCCACGCUCGGCAUUCGUGGCUCCGGCCGGGCUGCGCCCCGCGCCGUCUUCACCGCGAUGAAGCGCCCUUGCGAGGAGACGACCUCCGAGAGCGACAUGGACGAGACCAUUGACGUGGGGAGCGAGAACAAUUACUCGGGACAAAGUUCUAGCUCUGUGAUUAGAUCGAAUUCUCCAACAACAACAUCUCAGAUAAUGGCAAGAAAGAAAAGGAGAGGGAUAAUAGAGAAAAGGCGUCGAGAUCGGAUAAAUAACAGUUUAUCCGAGUUGAGACGACUGGUGCCAACAGCGUUUGAAAAACAAGGGUCUGCAAAGUUAGAAAAAGCUGAAAUAUUACAAAUGACAGUGGAUCAUUUGAAGAUGCUUCAAGCAACUGGGGGUAAAGGUUACUUUGAUGCCCAUGCCCUUGCCAUGGACUUCAUGAGCAUUGGAUUCCGUGAGUGCUUAACAGAAGUGGCUAGGUAUCUGAGCUCGGUGGAAGGCCUGGACUCGUCAGAUCCACUGCGGGUGCGACUGGUCUCUCAUCUCAGCACCUGUGCCUCGCAGCGGGAGGCAGCGGCAAUGACGUCCUCCCUGGCCCACCACCACCACCCGCUACAUCCGCACCACUGGGCUGCAGCCUUCCACCACCUCCCUGCAGCCCUGCUCCAACCCAACGGACUCCACGCCUCGGAGUCAACGCCUUGUCGCCUCUCCACAACUUCAGAAGUGCCUUCUGCACAUGGCUCUGCUCUCCUCACAGCCACGUUUGCCCACGCAGAUUCCGCCCUUCGGAUGCCAUCGACAGGCAGCGUUGCCCCGUGUGUGCCACCCCUCUCCACCUCCCUCCUGUCCCUCUCAGCCACUGUCCACGCAGCUGCUGCAGCAGCCACCGCAGCAGCGCACAGCUUCCCUCUGUCCUUCGCAGGGGCCUUCCCCAUGCUCCCCCCAAACGCAGCUGCAGCAGUGGCCGCCGCCACAGCCAUCAGCCCGCCCUUAUCGGUGUCAGCCACGUCCAGUCCGCAGCAGACAAGCAGUGGAACAAACAGUAAACCGUACCGGCCCUGGGGGACAGAAGUAGGCGCCUUUUAGGUUUUCACUGAACUUCUUGCAAUAGUAACUGAAUGUCCUUCAUUUCAGAGUCAGCUUAAAACGUCCGCACCCUGAAGGUAGCCAUACGGAUGUCUACAGAUCCACAAAGCAACAAUAAAGCUAUUUGGACACAAACCUCAGAAGUGGAAAUGUGGUAUUACCUUUUUCUCCCCUUUUUGUUGUUUAAGGCAGCUUGGUAACUGACAUCGACAACUUUUGAAAACUUCACACUUGCUUCCAUUUAGAGUUUUCCUGGAAAAUAUACAGACUGUACCAUCCGGCAGUGCAUCAGUGUAUCUACAUUGGAGAAGAAAAGUGCCCUGACUGAAUUCUCUUGAAACUGGAUGGAAAAAAAAUAUAUAAGUGUUUUAUAAGUGCCUGAGCUAGUGAAGUUUUUUUCUGAACAUGUAACAUUGCACAAGGACAGAGCAUAGAAGUUAGGUUAAGAAAGGAAAGGGACAGAGGCUUGUGUUAAGCUGCAGACAUACAAUGCCAGAGAAGAGUACCCUGUUGAAACCAACAGGUUUUUAUUGGCCAAAAGGAGUGCUGAAAAUAAUUUUCAAGUUGAAAGGCCUAGUUUUACCUUACUUUGCUUUCUUUGUACAGACUUGCCAAGUAGCAACAUUCAGCAGUGAAUUGGUAUAAGCAGUUACUCCCUCAGUUGCUCAGAUUAACAAGCAUUCUGCCCCGCCUGCACGCCCCUAGGCACCUUUCUCUUUCCUGGCUCAAAAUGUGGUGCUUUUUAUCUAAACCGUUCUUUUAUAGAGUGCGCCUAGGAGCACUCUCCUACUGUGUGCCCACCCGAGGCUAUCUGAUCCAUGCCAACUUGAAAAUGUCAGCUUGUAAACGCUUAGAUUAAUUUAUUGUUUCAUUGGGACUACUUUCACAUAUUUAUCCUCUUCAUUUUGUCCUGAUAACGUACUAUCUCUUAUCAUCCUUUUGGGAGAAGUUGCAUUUCUGGAGGUGACACACAGGAAGAUAGAUACCAUUGGGAAGAGAAAAGCCACGAUUUUUAAAUGCUCUUUGUCAAGUUUAAGAUUGCAUUUGAUCCCCAACCAAGAUGAAUGUAUGCAAUGCGAUGUAUAUAAAUUAGUUUUGUCCAUGCCUAGACUAGUGCUACAUAAUGGUGUUUUGGUUUUGUUUUGUCUAUUUUGUUUAAUGACAAAAUAAUCUCUUAAUACAUUGAAAUUGAGCACGUGAGAUUUUAUGUUUGAAAGAUAAGGACACAGCAUGUAUUAUUAUGCACUUCAUUUCUCUGCUGUGUGGAGAAAGCAAUAAAAAAGAAUGUUAAACAUUAUGCAAAAUUAUACUUUUAAAUAUUUGUUUUAAAAUUACUGUACCUGGGUUGGUUUUUGUUUUUUGUUUUUGUUUUUUUGCAUUUGUAACCUUUUUCUAUGCAAAAAUCUACAUAUCACUAAUUAAAUGGAGUCCUUUUUUACUAUUUUUAUGUGGAUGAGUUGCUUCACAGAAUAGAAAGUUGAUACGAAUUUCAAGCAAAGCCUUCUUUCACUAAGGAGUUAAGCCAUGGCUUUUCUUUCUCUCCUUCAAAGUCAUUUGAUAUAAUUCACAGCUUGCUUGAAAAUAGCAUUUAUCUGAACUUGUAAAUCAAUUGAACAUUGGUGGAUAUGAUAUUAUUUAAAGACAGGAAGUGAUCAGUUUUCUCUGCCUUUUAUUCUUAACCUUGUUUCUUGGAAAAGUGAAAAUAUAAGAACUCUAAAUAAUAAUGUACCAAUCACAGAAUAAUAAGCUACUACAAUGUGUCAUACAUUUUGUAACUCAGAAACAUUUGUAGAGUGUUUGUGAAAAUCACAUGCAUACAUGAUAGGCCUAUAGAUGCCUCCUGAUGAUGAACCCUAUAUCUACCUCAGUGAAAAUUUCUUUUUGAUGCUGUAGAAAGUAUGCAGAUAUUUCUCAUUCAAUAAAGCCUGAAAGAGUAUUUCAGAGUUCCUAAAGCUAUUGGGCCAAGCACAUGAAAAAUAAAAAAGAAUGUUUUUAUUAUGCACUUCACUUAUGCUCAAAGCUAGAGGAGGAGUGGGAGGCUUCUUACAUUAUUUUAGUUUUAAAAAAUUAAGCUUAUAGUUUGUCUAAUUUCUGUCUGGAGUGGGUAAAAAAAUUAGCCAAAACAGAUCACCUUGUUCCUCCUGUCUGUAAGCUCUGUGGUUAUUAAAUUUUCAGUUAGCUCUGAUGGAAUUAGGUAGCAAAUAAGAAAAUGGAUUUAGCACUAUUUGAAGUUUGCUUUUUAACCAUGAUUUCUGAGCAGAUGGCAUAGAAAUAAUUUUUAUUUAAGAUCUAAUAGUUGAUUCUGUGCCAAUUGUAAUAUCAGCAUUUAAAGAAUUCUUUUCCUGUUUUGGAAUAUAAACUUUUAGAAAUCAGGAUUU